UUGGUUACUUCCUUGUCUUCCUUGUCAACUCUCACACCGAGCAGCGGCAUCCACAAGGAUACAAAUCUUACAUUGUGGAAUCAGAAAUAAUUUAGGCCACUAAAAGAUACUGGCAAUUAACAUGAGCAUUGGAAUCUUCUCCCAAUUCCACAAUGACAUCCUCAUUUUAAGAUCUCUCAAUGCAGAAGAACUCCCGAGUGUGCGACCCUGAACUGUCCGAAAAAUGAAGCAAACUCUGGUCUGGGUGUUGAUGGUACCUUUCUUUUGCCUCCUAGAUCCGACGGGUUCGGUGAUCGAAGCGGAGGUCAGGAGUUCGCUAAUCAGCUUCCUAGGCAACCUCUCCAACGGCGAUACCAAGCUCGCCACUGAUCUCAGAUGGGAGCAAGAGUCCGACCCCUGCAUCGACAGCUGGAACGGUAUAGUUUGUAAUGUGGAAAAAGCUUCCGUGACGAGAUUGCACCUUGAAAGGCUCAAUCUUUCGGGGAGCCUCGAUAUGGGUUCUCUCUGCAAUGUGCCUGUCAUCGCGAAUUCUCUCGCUCGCCUCAUUCUCAAUGGGAACUACCUUGGCGGUGGAUUGCCCGCCGAGAUCUCAGUUUGCAGGCAGCUCACUCACUUGCAAAUCGGCGGGAACAAGUUCGAGGGGAAACUUCCCGACUCGCUAGCUUCGAUGGAUAAUCUCAAAGCUCUUAAUGUUUCGUACAAUAAUUUUUCUGGCACCCUGCCGAAUUUGUCCAGGAUUUCGGGGCUACAGACUUUCCUGGCUCAGGAAAAUCAGCUGAGCGGGAAGAUUCCCGUGUUCGACUUCUACAACUUCGAUGACUUCAAUGUCUCCUUCAACAACUUCAGCGGCCGAAUCCCGGAUGUCGACGGUUAUUUCAAUUCGAGUAGCUUUAUGGGCAACCCUUUGCUGUGUGGAAAUCCGCUCCAGAAUAGCUGUCCACGAGAUAAAGGGAAAGGCAUCUCGAGCGAGCAGGAACUUAUGUACUCGGGCUAUGCAAUACUAGGUUCGGUUCUUGUGGGCGUAGUUGUCUUCAAGCUCUGCAAGAAAAAGAGGAAGACGGACAAGGUUGACACAGAAAACGUGGUAUUAGCGAUCGACGGAAGCGGGAGCAAAGCUACUGUUCCAUCAAGUGAACACAAAACUAGUGCUCCACUAGACAGAUCAGAAGUUUCGGCUAACUCAGUUGAGAGUAGAAUGGUCUCGUCUUCGCUCGUAGUUGUCACAAGCCCAACUGUGAACGGGCUGAGGUUCGAAGAACUACUUCAGGCUCCGGCUGAAUUGCUCGGGAGAGGGAAGCACGGGAACCUCUAUAAGGUCAUAUGCGAAAACGGGGCAAUGUACGCUGUGAAGAGGAUCAAGGAUUGGGCAAUCUCGAGUGAGGACUUCAAGAAGAGGAUGCAGAAGAUAGACCAAGUGAAGCAUCCGAAUGUGCUCUCGGUCGUCGCCUUCUACUCCUCCAAGCAAGAGAAGCUCCUGGUCUACGAAUUUCAGCAAAAUGGAAGCCUGUUCAGGCUCCUUCAUGGAACCCAAAUGGGAAAAGCAUUCGAGUGGGGCAGCAGACUCAACUUUGCAGCCAGCAUCGCCAAGGGUCUCGCCACUAUGCAUCGAGAGCUUCGUGACGUCGACAUUGCACAUGGCAAUCUGAAAUCUUCCAACAUCCUGCUUACUAAGGACAUGGAGCCCUGCAUCAGUGAGUAUGGUCUAAUGGUGCCGUACGAUCACCAAGACCUGACUCCAUCGAUCACCCCCGCGUUCAAACCAGACGAGAAAUCCAAUUCGAGCGCGUCGAGGGCCUUCGGUUCGGACGUGUACAGUUUCGGCGUGAUCCUCCUCGAGCUGCUGACCGGGAAGACGGUCCACAACAACAACGGAUUCGACUUGCCCAAGUGGGUCGUCUCUGUCGUUCAGGAGGAGUGGACCGUGGAGGUGUUUGACAAGUCCCUGAUCUCGGAAGGAGUGAGCGAGGAGCGGAUGGUGAACUUGCUCCAGGUGGCCAUCAAAUGCGUCAACCGCUCGCUGGAGGCCAGGCCGAGCAUGGCCCAGGUCUCUUCCAUGAUCGCCACGAUAAAAGAGGAGGAAGACAGGUCUCUAGCAUAUGAACCCUGAUGUGGCUUAAACCUUCCCUCUUGCCAAAGGUACAAGGUCAUAGGGAGGACAAAUGAAUCCUGAUAGAAUUUGCAAUUAUGUGGUAAUAGGAAUCAGGCGAAGGAGAUAGUAAAAUUUCUAGCCAGUUUGAAGUAUGACUCUGGCUUUUUGAUCAAUAAUUAAGCAGUAAACACUGCUUUCA